AAAUUUUUUUGACUAAAUUGACGGGUGUUUACGAAUUCGUUUCGUUUAUUUACAUAAUAAAUAAUUUGUAUGUUUAUAAAUUGAAAGCUAUAUAAUAAUAUUUACUAAAUUUUUAAAUAUUACCCUUUUAACGACAUACUGAAUUUCUUAAGAUGUGGCUUUCAUAUUAUGGAGAAUGAAAUAUCAGUUAGGUGGAAAAAAAGUUGCCAUCAACAUAAAAAGAAAUCGUCAAAUGGUUUUCUAAAUCAAGUAUCAAGCAGUACAAAUUUUGAAACUCAUUCACUCUCUGGGAGCAGUGAUGAUGAAAUGAUUGAUAUAACUGCAGGCAGUAUGGAAAAUCAGUUUGAACAAAGUCAUACCUCACAUGGUGUACCUGGUCAACAGAAAUAUUUUCCUCUGACAGACCUCCCAGAUUCUUGUAGUGAUUCUGAUAAUGAAUGUUCAAUUAAUCAAGGAGAUACUGAAGAGUUACCUCCUGGGAUUGGUCAAUAUGAUGAUUUUCAUACCAUUGACUGGCAACGAGAUAUUGCAAGAGAUAGAAUGCGACAUCGGCAUAUUGUAAAGAAAAGGGGAGAUUCAAUUUGUGAUUUAAUGCGUGGUUUUCAUGAUGCUUGGUCUGGUUGGCUAUGUGUUCUUUUGGCUGGUUUAGCAGCUGGUGUUGUAUCUGGUAUAAUAGACAUAGGUGCUGGGUGGAUGAAAGAUCUUAAAGAAGGCAUAUGUCCUGAAGCAUUUUGGUUGAAUCGUGAGCAAUGUUGUUGGUCUAGCAAUGACACCUUCUAUGAAGGAGAUAAAUGUGCACAGUGGCAUACUUGGCCAGAAGAAUUUGGUUACUACAGUAUUAAUUUUGGUUCAACAGCUAUUGAGUUUAUCAUGUAUAUUUUAUGGAGCCUUUUAUUUGCUGCGCUUGCUGUUUUACUUGUCAGAACUUUUGCUCCGUAUGCAUGUGGAUCCGGAAUACCUGAGAUAAAAACAAUAUUAAGUGGGUUUAUUAUCCGAGGAUAUCUUGGUAAAUGGACUCUUACAAUUAAGUCGAUAGGCAUGAUGCUUGCUGUAGCUGCUGGACUCAGCUUAGGCAAAGAAGGUCCUUUGGUUCAUGUGGCUUGCUGUAUUGGAAAUAUAUUUUCCUACCUUUUCACAAAGUAUGGAAAAAAUGAAGCUAAAAAAAGAGAGAUUUUAUCAGCUGCAUCAGCUGCUGGUGUUUCUGUAGCAUUUGGGGCUCCUAUUGGAGGUGUACUAUUUAGUCUUGAAGAAGUCAGUUAUUACUUUCCUUUAAAAACACUAUGGCGAUCUUUCUUUUGUGCUCUGGUUGCAGCUUUUGUAUUAAGAUCUAUUAAUCCUUUUGGAAAUGAUCACUUGGUUAUGUUCUAUGUGGAGAAAACUAGACCUUGGAUUUUCUUUGAGCUUGUGCCAUUUGUUCUAUUGGGUGUUCUUGGAGGGAUUGUUGGCUCUAUUUUUAUUAAAGGCAACAUAAGGUGGUGCAAAUAUCGUAAGGAAUCCAAGCUUGGGCAAUAUCCUAUUUCCGAAGUCUUAGUCAUAACACUGAUUAGUUCUGUGAUAAAUUUCCCAAACAUUUAUACAAGAAUGAAUUCAAGCGACCUUAUAAGGCUGUUAUUUAGUCAAUGUGGUGUAGCUAAUGUUUCUCCUCUUUGUGAUUAUAAUCGGAAUUUCACAAAAGUCAACAGUCCUGUUGAAAUGGCUGAAGCAAACAGUGGGGUGUAUGAAAGUUUAACCAAAUUAUCAUUGGCUCUUAUCUCCAAACUUAUCAUUACAAUCUUCACGUUUGGAAUCAAGGUUCCUGCUGGUUUGUUUAUUCCAAGCAUGGCAAUGGGGGCCAUAAUGGGAAGAAUGGUUGGGAUUGGAAUGGAAGAAAUCGCAAUGUCAUACAGUCACCUUAGGAUAUUUCAGAAAGCAUGUCCAGAGGGGCAAAGUUGCAUGACACCUGGACUGUAUGCUAUGGUUGGUGCUGCAGCAUGUUUAGCAGGAGUGACUCGCAUGACUGUUUCCCUUGUUGUCAUUAUGUUUGAGCUAACAGGAUCUGUUAAUUACAUUGUGCCAUUAAUGGCAGCUGUUAUGGCAAGUAAAUGGGUUGGAGAUGCUCUAGGAAAAGAAGGGAUUUAUGAUGCGCAUAUUCAUUUAAAUGGUUAUCCUUUCUUGGAUAGUAAAGAGGAAUUCACCCACACAACUUUAGCAGCUGAUGUGAUGAGACCUAAGAGGAAUGAGGGUCCUCUCUGCGUAAUCACUCAAGAUAGUAUGACAGUGGAAAAUAUUGAAAAUUUACUUAACUCUACUGAUCACAAUGGAUUUCCCGUUGUUGUAUCGUCUGAAAGUAUGUACUUAGUGGGCUUUGUAUUACGCCGAGAUUUAAGUCUUGCUCUUGCAAAUGCCAAAAGAACACAAGAAGGUGUUGUUAGAAAUUCUGUAGUCAUCUUUACUUCUCAUAUCCCAACUCCUUGGCAUGGUCCACCUCCUGUAAAGCUCAGAAAAAUUUUAGAUCUGGCUCCUAUCACAAUAACAGACCAAACUCCAAUGGAAACAGUAAUAGAUAUGUUUCGCAAACUAGGUUUGAGGCAAACUCUUGUUAUUCAUAAUGGACGACUUCUUGGCAUAAUUACUAAAAAAGAUGUCCUCAGACACAUUAAGCAACUAGCUAAUCAAGAUCCAGAAUCUGUGUUAUUCAAUUGAGUCAUUCAUUAUUGUACAAAUUGCAUUUAAUUUUACCCACGACUUUCAAAAUGUGCUUUAUUGGCAUACUGUUGAACAUGAAUUAUCUAUUAAUGGGCAGGACCUAUUGGAAUUAAGUGAAUCGACAUGCGCUAUGCAAUUUCUAAGUUUGUUUCUGAAAUCUAUUUGUGAGGAAAAUGAGAAAAAAAAUUAAAAAUUAGAAAUCAUCAAAAUCAACAAAUGUAGUGUCUUUGCUAUAAUCCUUAGAUUAUUUUUAUUCGUUUUUAUUAUUCUGCUAGUCUUAUUCCUAUGAAUAAAUAAAUCUUUAUUGCACUGCUUUAUUUAUUGAAAUUUUUAUUUAUGUGGUUAGUUAGUUGCCCAAUGUAUCUUAAUAUGAAUGUUCAUUGUAAAGAUCAUUAAGUUCUUGUAUCGAAAAGGAUUUCCCUUGCCUUCCUUGUCUCAUGUAUUAUAAAAUGUUACUCAUUGAAUAUUGCAUGUGCUCAGAUAUAUAUUAUAUUUAUAAAAUUUAAACCAAAGAAAAA